AGAGCUGUUCUGCUAAUUUGAAAAGGAGACAGAAAAUAGAUGUCCACACCUACAGACCCUGGCGCCAUGCCCCAUCCUGGUCCUUCCCCUGGACCAGGACCUUCACCUGGACCUAUUCUAGGACCUAGCCCAGGACCAGGGCCAUCUCCUGGCUCAGUUCACAGCAUGAUGGGGCCAAGUCCUGGUCCACCCAGUGUCCCGCAUCCAAUGCCGACAAUGGGGCCUACUGAUUACCCACAGGAAGGCAUGCACCAAAUGCAUAAGUCUAUUGAUGGCUUGCAUGAAAAAGGAAUGGUUGAAGAUGUUCAUUGUGGCUCCAUGAAGAGUAUGCGACCUCCGCACCCUGGAAUGGGCCCACCUCAGAGUCCAAUGGACCAGCAUAGCCAAGGUUACAUGUCUCCACACCCAUCUCCGCUAGGAGCACCGGAGCAUGUGUCCAGUCCGAUGUCUGGAGGAGGUCCAACUCCACCCCAGAUGACUCCCAGCCAGCCGGGACCCAUUAUGCCAGGAGACCCACAAGCUAUGAAUCAGCCUAACAGAGGUCCUUCCCCUUUCAGCCCUGUACAGCUGCAUCAGCUGCGGGCUCAGAUUCUAGCAUACAAGAUGUUAGCUAGAGGUCAGCCUUUACCAGAAAACCUUCAGCUUGCUGUUCAGGGCAAGAGGACACUCCCUGGCAUUCAACAGCAACAGCCUCCCAAUGCCUUCAACAGACAGUCUGGGAUUGGGUUACAUACAAUGAGUGGUGCUGCAACUGGACCAGGGCCUGCUCCAGGGAUGCCUGGACAUACAGCUGCCAUUACCCCUAAAACUUGGACUGAAGGCCAAGCCCCAGAUAUGAGUGUCUCUAAUGCACAGCAGAAGCUUCCUGCGGCACCCCCAAGUGGGAGGCCUUCUCCUGCCCCUGCUGCUGCCCAGCCGGCUGCUGCCAUGCCUGGGCCUUCUGUACCACAGCCACCACCUGGACAGCCUUCACCCAUUGUUCAGCUGCAGCAAAAGCAGAAUCGCAUCAGCCCUAUCCAGAAGCCACAAGGGUUGGAUCCUGUUGAAAUACUCCAAGAACGUGAAUAUAGGCUUCAGGCUCGAAUUGCCCACAGAAUCCAGGAACUGGAGAACUUACCUGGUUCUCUGCCCCCUGAUCUGCGAACCAAAGCUACAGUGGAGUUGAAGGCACUUAGGUUACUGAAUUUCCAGCGCCAGCUAAGACAAGAGGUGGUAGCUUGCAUGCGACGUGACACAACGCUGGAAACAGCACUGAACUCCAAAGCUUACAAACGAAGCAAGCGCCAGACUUUGAGGGAGGCCAGGAUGACAGAGAAGCUUGAGAAACAGCAGAAGAUAGAACAGGAGAGGAAGCGUAGGCAGAAGCAUCAGGAAUACCUGAAUAGCAUAUUGCAGCAUGCUAAAGAUUUUAAAGAGUACCACCGGUCAGUUGCUGGGAAAAUUCAGAAGCUUUCUAAAGCUGUGGCAACUUGGCAUGCCAACACUGAGCGUGAGCAGAAAAAAGAAACAGAGAGAAUUGAGAAGGAAAGAAUGAGGAGACUAAUGGCUGAAGAUGAAGAAGGCUACCGUAAGCUGAUUGACCAAAAGAAAGAUAGACGCCUGGCCUACCUAUUGCAGCAAACAGAUGAGUAUGUGGCUAACUUGACUAACCUGGUAUGGGAGCAUAAACAGGCACAAGCAGCCAAAGAGAAGAAGAAGAGAAGGAGAAGAAAGAAGAAGGCUGAAGAAAAUGCAGAGGGAAUGGCAUCUGGUCUUGGUCCUGAUGGAGAGCCCAUAGAUGAGAGUAGUCAGAUGAGUGACCUUCCCGUCAAAGUGACUCAUACUGAAACAGGCAAAGUUCUUCUUGGCCCGGAAGCACCAAAAGCAAGUCAGCUGGAUGCUUGGCUGGAAAUGAACCCUGGCUAUGAAGUUGCUCCCAGGUCAGACAGUGAAGAUGAAAGUGGAUCUGAAUAUGAGGAGGAGGAUGAUGAAGAAGAAUCAAGCAGAUUAGAAGCAGAUGAGAAGAUACUCCUGGAUCCUAACAGCGAGGAAGUUUCUGAGAAAGAUGCAAAGCAAAUCAUUGAGACAGCCAAACAAGAUGUGGAUGAUGAAUACAGCAUGCAGUAUAGUGCUAGAGGGUCUCAGUCCUAUUAUACUGUUGCUCACGCAAUCACAGAGAGAGUGGAAAAGCAGUCUUCUCUACUUAUUAAUGGCACAUUAAAACAUUACCAGCUCCAGGGACUGGAGUGGAUGGUUUCGCUCUAUAAUAACAAUCUGAAUGGAAUUUUAGCUGACGAAAUGGGACUAGGAAAGACAAUACAGACUAUUGCACUCAUCACUUACCUGAUGGAGCACAAAAGACUCAAUGGCCCCUAUCUCAUCAUUGUUCCCCUUUCGACUUUAUCAAACUGGACGUACGAAUUUGACAAAUGGGCUCCUUCUGUGGUGAAGAUAUCUUACAAGGGCACACCUGCAAUGCGCCGCUCACUCGUUCCUCAGCUUCGAAGUGGAAAAUUCAAUGUUCUUUUAACUACCUAUGAGUACAUAAUAAAGGACAAACAUAUCCUUGCUAAGAUUCGAUGGAAAUACAUGAUAGUAGAUGAAGGCCAUCGAAUGAAGAACCAUCACUGCAAACUGACUCAGGUCUUGAAUACUCAUUAUGUGGCCCCUAGAAGAAUACUGCUGACUGGGACUCCAUUGCAGAACAAAUUGCCUGAACUUUGGGCUCUUCUCAAUUUCCUCCUUCCAACCAUUUUCAAGAGCUGUAGCACCUUUGAACAGUGGUUCAACGCUCCAUUUGCUAUGACUGGAGAAAGGGUGGACUUAAAUGAGGAAGAAACUAUUCUGAUCAUCCGUCGUCUCCAUAAAGUGCUCCGACCCUUCUUGCUGAGAAGAUUGAAGAAAGAAGUUGAAUCUCAACUGCCAGAAAAGGUGGAAUAUGUGAUUAAAUGUGAUAUGUCAGCGCUUCAGAAGAUCCUGUACCGCCACAUGCAAGCCAAGGGAAUCCUUCUCACAGAUGGUUCUGAAAAAGACAAGAAGGUAUGAAAGAAAGACU